GACUGGAACUGGAGAAGCGGCGCCUGAAACGCCUGGACAAAGAGCUGGAGGCGGCGCAGAAAACCCAGGGCAUCAAGGAACAACAAGCACGCGAGCGGCAGAAUGCUUGGACGAGACGGCCAAAGAGUGGCGGUCCCGCGCGGCCAAAGAGUGGUAGCGGAGCAGCUGCAGCUCGAUCCUUACAAGCAGGCCGAGGUCAAAAUCAGGCCGCCUUUGGUGGCAGACAGAUCUCCGAGCCGACGUCCGAAAACACCGCGCAGGAGGAGGGCGAACGUUUCACCCCGAUGCGGCAGCUCGUGGCGCAGAUGGACUCGCAAGUGAAGAAACUGGACUCUGUGAAGCAUGAAAAUGACUGUUUGAAGCAGGACGUGCAACAGAUCCGGAAGUAUAAGAAGCAACUGGGUUCCAUCUUCGAUCGUCUGAAGCUCCAAAUUCUGAAGCGCAGCGACCAGCUGCGAGACUUCGUGGAGGAGGCGGCCCAAAGCAAGGCCGUGUACAGCGAGACGGAGCAGCGGGUGGAGGUGAUGCAACGGCAGCGGGACGAUGAGCGACGGCAGUUCACGGAGGAGGUCCUCCGCAUCCGUCGCGAUCUGCGGAAGCUGGAGACGGAAAAACGGGAAGUGGAGGUCCGCUUAAAGCGCAUGGAGAAAGGUGUCCAGCGCAAGAAUGAGCUGAUUCUUCCGCCCGAAGAGGAGGAGUUCUCAGAGGCCAGCAUGAUGAGACGCAUUAUGAAAACCGCCUUCUUGAAUUGCAUCCAGCGAAGACACAUCAAGCAACAUCAAAAAAGCAUUGAAAUCUUUGAACAGGCCUUUGCCACCAUCAAGCAGUCCACGGGCAUUUCAGAUAUCGCGGAGAUCGUCAAGAUCUUCGUUCAUUUGGAAAGCCGGAACUACUCUCUGCUGACGUAUGUGAAUCACAUGAACCGCGAGAUUGAAGCCUUAGAAGGUCAGAAACGAGCGCGACAAGAGGGCGAAUGGUCCCUGAAGCGAAAAGAGGAGAGUGCCGAAAAGAGUCGGAAAUAUGCGUUGGGCGACAUGCAGCAGAAGCUCCGGUCGAUCCAACUGGCCACCGAAGACGACCGCGAGGCCUGCGAGGAACAUCGUGGUGUGCUGCACCAGGUCCUUCCACUGGUGGCGCAGGUGGCCAAACAUUUGGACUUGGAGUCACAACGCUUACGUCAGGCUUCCAAAGAUGAAAACCGUGAGUUUCCCCAGAAGCCUUCCGAUGAGCUUCGCGUCGACACCAUGCUGAUCUACUUGCAAUGGGUGGAGGACGUGCUGAGCCGUUUCAAGGAUCUGCUUCCGGUGCAAGACUCCGCAGACUACUUCCCACCCACCGCAGCUGGCUUGGUAAAGCAGUUGCAACCCAAGAGUCGCCAUCAACCAGCGGCGCGCUUGGUCAAGAUGCAGGAUCUGCCUGCAGCUCCUUUGUUCGUGGAGGAGCACGGCGCGUCGAAGAGGCAAGUCAACACUGCAAAGGUGGAGUUGGAAGAAGACAGCGAAGAUGAAGGCUUUGAAGAAAGGCCCUUGAAGCUGGAGGAGAUCCGUCACCGAGCCAAGCAAGCCCACGAACGGAAGAACAGGACACGAGAACAUCGUCACAGCACGGCCUUCAUCGAGCAGGAGGCUGCCAGCAGCACAGGGCUCCAACUCUUCACACAGGACGUCCAGCCGGCUCCGCGGCAAUCGACUUCGGACUCGUUGCCUCAAUCCAGAAGGAGUGUGGGCUUCUCUCUUAGUGCUGCAAAUGCCCUGGCGCAAGAUGCCCAAGCAGCUGAGACCUUGCGCCUGGAGGCACAUGCCGCGCUUCCAGAAGCAGGUGAACAAUCACCCGACAGUCAGAACAGUGAUAGCCAGUCCGCAAGAGAGCCAUUGCCAUACCCGUCCAAGAGUGCGCUGAACAUGCGCGUGCGGCAGCUCAUUCAAGUGGCCGCGAGUCGACCAGCGGAGGUCACACAGGAUGAGCUGGACAUCACCUUCCUCAGGAAGUAUAAGAUGUCUAGACAAGAGCUGGAGGUACGUGCCAAGCUGAUGGGAAUGGGUCUCCAACAUCUCUGUUUCCUCAAGACACAGUUCGACCUCUUUGACCAGGAUCAAAGCGGCCGCAUUUCGGCCAGCGAAUUGCGAAGUCUUUUUCAAAAGCUGGGAGAGGA